AUGUUACCUUAUCAUAGAUUAGAUCAAAUUUAUGUAAUGCUGUCUUCAGAUACUAACAAUCUGUGUUCUACGCCUCAAUCAACCACUACUUCAACUAAUAAUCCAGUUUAUGUUGUAUUCUCAGCCGAUUGUGGUACUAGUCGACAACAAUUACGUUGUGAUUAUUUAACAUGGGGCAUAGAUUUAACAGCACACGUUAGAAAUGCACAAUUUCGUUAUGCUCAAGCAAAUAUGCGUGUGAAUCGAUUGAAUGAAUUCACUUCAUCCACUUCACCGUCGACAUCAUCAUCACCAUCAACUGGUUGCUGUUUGUUGAAUAAUGGAAACCAUCAGCAACAGUCAACGACUACUACUACUACUACUACUACCAGUAGUAAUGUGCGGUAUCAUGUACCACAUUUUCAAAAUCAUCCAGUUGCAUUAGCUUAUAGUCCAAUUUAUCAUAGAAAAUUAUAAUUAAAUGAUUGUUCACAAAAUUGGAAAUGAAUAGUUUUAAAACAUAACACAACACAACAUUUUAGUGCCUUGCUUGCUUCCUUUUUCUUAUCACCCAUCACAAUUGAGCAGAUCGACGACUAACUGUUUUUUCUGACUUUGUCAAUAUUUUUUUUCCAUGUGUAAAACUUGAUCGAAUUGAAUUGCCCGCUGAUAAACUGUUUGUUUGUUUGUUUGAAAUACAAUUACUUUCAAGAUUCAAUGUUUUCAAAGUGUCCUGUGUUUUAAUUAUUCUCUCUUCCUACUCCGCUACCUGAUUGGUCAGAUUUUUGAAAAUAUGGGUGUACAAUAAAAAUGCGCAUUUUUCAAUUCCUCUUCUUCCGCUUCGGCUUAUUCUUAUCCUUUAAUGAUUGACUUGUUCUCUUUAGUUAUGAUAAAUUUUUGUUAUGAUUAGUCGGUUUAAAAAACAAUUUACAUUUUUCUGAACAAAUUCUUUCAUCAAUGUACAUAGUUCUAGAUUAUUUGUAGUGAUUAUAUAUAUAUAUAUAUACCUAUAUAU